AUGGACGCAAUGGGUAUGCUUCAAGUGGGGCGCAACCAUCGUCGAUGCUUUGCCGACAAUAGUAAGUUGUACAUCGGCAGUCUUUCUGAUUCUAAUAGAUUGGCUAGUACCUUAUGGGCCUCGAAGCCGAAUUCCUCGAAGCUGUCAACUAUACCGCCCACAUCGAUUUCAGCCGAUCGAAGACAUCCGAAUCCGUCAGGUAUCUUCUCUUUUAACCCUCGAUUCUUUGUUUCUGAUACCUGCAGUGUAUUCGAAACAACGAUCCGCUAUCUCGGCGGCCUUCUGUCGGCUUAUGAGCUCAGCGGGAAGAAACACCCCGAACUACUCGCAAAGGCCACCGAAGUUGCAGACAAGAUGGCAUAUGCAUGGGUUGGCGAGAACCCAAUUCCUUUCGGCUUCAUCGACUUCGCCACCAACACGCCCGAGCAGCGGAGCUCCAACAUCGCUGAAGCCGGCACCCUCAGUCUCGAGGGCUAUAUCUUGAGUCAACACAGUGGUAAUGCCACGUACGGCGACAAGGCCGUCAAGGCCCUGGCGCAUAUCGCGAACUUGCCCGCUCCGUUACCAGGACUGGCUGCUCAGGGAAUCGACCCGAAAACUGGAAACUUCGUCGGCGGAUACGUCAGCUGGGGCGGUGGAAGCGACUCCUACUUCGAAUACCUGCUCAAAUACGCUCGCCUGAGCAAUACCAAAGACAACAUCUACAUGGACACCUGGAAGACCGCUGUUGACUCGUCGAUCAAACAUCUCCUCCGCAAAUCAACCGUGGGUAACCACGUUUAUCUCGGCGACUACGAUGACGCCGGCAGAGUCCGUCACAUCUCAUCCCACCUUGCCUGCUUCCACGCCGGAAACUGGAUGCUCGGCGGCAAGUUGCUCAAGAACCAAACUAUCAUUGACAUUGCGCUCGAUCUGAACGAGGCUUGCUGGAACACCUACUCCAGCACCCAGACUGGCAUCGGGCCAGAGGCUUUCGCUUUCGAGUCUAGCGAAGGCAACUUCACUGGUCGUUCACCUCCGACUGCCGCCCAGGCCGCAUUCUACAAGGAGCAUGGCUUCUACAUCACUGAUGCGUUCUACAUCCUCAGACCCGAAGUGCUCGAGUCCAACUUCCACGCAUGGCGCAUUACCGGCAAGAGCAAGUACCUCGACAGAGCCGGCGAUGCGAUUGAUUCAUUCAUGAAAUACCUUCCGUCCACUGUCGGCUAUGCGUCGCUCAACGACGUCAAUGAUGCUUCGAGGGGCCAGAUGGAUGACACCCAGAGCUUCUGGUUCGCCGAAGUCCUCAAAUAUCUCUGGUUGACUUUCGACGAUCCCAAGACCAUCUCCCUUGACGACUAUGUCUUCAACACCGAGUGCCAGCCUUUCCGCGCCCCAGCCAGUCUGCCCUCGUACGACUCUGGUAGCUUCAUCCCUAGCAAGCCCUUCAAAAUCCAGACCGGUGACCUCCCUGAAGUCAGCCCGUUUAUGAAGAAGAUCGUGGCCCAAAAGCAGUAG